AUGCAUGUGGAAAUGUAGUUGGAGACAGUAGAAUUUAUGGCGCCGGUUUCCCAGACAGAUUAAGGGCUUUAAAUUUCAAGGUCAUUUACGACUUAGCCGACAUAUACAGCGUUUACAAUGAAUGCAUUCUCCGCUAAUGCAGGAACAUUGCCUUUAAAUUUCUAUCGCCCUGUAGCGCAGCUCUUCAGCGCUACGGAUUGAAUCCAGCCCUAAACCUAUUCCUAGACUAAAAAGCACUUUCAAUGGAGAUUCUCCAUUGAGCUUGCUCGUUAGUCCAGGACUAGGCUUAAUCUGUGUCUGGGAAACCGCCCCAUGGAAUCUGAGGCCUCACAACAAACAUCUGUUCCCAGGGAGAUGAAUAAGAGGCUAACAGAAGAGCAGGCCAGGAAGACAUUUGACCGGGCCAUGAAGCUGGAGCAGGAGUUUGGCGAGUUUUUCACAGGUACAGUAUCCAUGAGUUAAAGAUGCACAAUGUUGCUCUUUUUAGACAAAAGAGAUGUGAAAGUUGUAGUCUGUCAAUUUCAGUGCAACCCGUGUUGGUGUAUACAGUUCUGGGGCGUCAUUUCUCAACCUUCUAUAGAUUUCACAUAAUUUUGGCGCACAUUGAGAUCCUACAAUUAGAGGGAACAUUGCAUACGCCACAAAUUGGUGUUCAUCUAAAUGAUAUGAUAAAGCAGAUCCAUACUGUAAUUCUGCGCAUGUGAAUGAGCAUUACAACCCUGCCUGGAUAAUGCCCUUUAUUCAACUUUUAUGGUGACAAAUAAUGCCCUCAUUUGCUGUAUGAUAAGGAACAAUUGGAACAAAGCCGCUGCAGUAAAAAAAAAAAAAAAACAGCAAUAGUAAAUUUGAUAAAUUGUUUUAGAGAAUUGUUUUAAGUGUUUCAACCUAACCUGUGGUAGUAAAUGUCACCACAAUAUAUUCUAUGGGUGAAAUGUAUUGUUCUCACUAACAGUAUGUACAUGACUAAAAAUAAAUUCCUUCUUGGUGGACAGUGAGCAAUUUUAUUCUAUUAGAAAAUAAUUGCUAAAUGGCUAGAUCUGUCUGUACUAAAUGUCUCCCCUUGUUUUGCAGCCCUUGUUCAAGGAGACACCUUAGAAGAAAUUUAUAACCACUGCAAAAUGGUGAUAGAGGAGCAUUCUGGACCCUACAUCUGGAUCCCAUCAAAGGAGAAAUUAUGA